AUUGCAUUCCCUCUUCCUCCCCUCGUCUUCUUCUUUUUGAAAAACCUCUCUUGGAUUUUCCCUGCUACUACUCUUUCCCUUCUGUCUGAAGUCUGAGAAUGAGCCGGAAGCUCGCCCCUGAAGCCAAUCGGAUUCUCUUCGUCAAGAACCUGAACUACAACGUCACCGCAGAACAGCUCUUUGAUCUUUUCGGCAAGUUUGGACCUAUCCGGCAAAUUCGCCAGGGAAUCGCAAACAAUUCGAAAGGCACCGCAUUUGUCGUAUACGAGGACGUCCACGACGCCAAACAGGCAUGCGAUAAGCUGAACGGGUUCAAUUUCCAGAACAGAUACCUUGUCGUCCUAUAUCACCAGCCAGAGAAGAUGCUCCGAUCGAAAGAGGACUUGGCCGAGAGACAGGAGAAUUUAGAACGUCUCAAACAGCAACACGGGAUAGAAUGAUGUUUUUGAUGGUUCUCUCUUUCUCUUGUAUUCCUUGCAGGCAUCUUACUGCGCGGAGUUACAACGGCUCUCCUCUGUGGUCUUUAUUGGGUUGGUUGUGGGGUUUCCGGCGUUUUCUUCCUAUGGGUUUAUGAGGCUUUUAUACGUGGAUAUAAACGUUGUCGGCGGGUGGAACGACUGGUCCCUUCCAAGGACAACAUAGACUGCUAACGGAUGGAAUAUUAUAUCCUUUUGAAUUUUAGCAGAAACUAUUAUUAUGGCCCAUGGUGAUCUAAUUUAUUAUUAUUAU